CUCUUCUGCUAGUAGUCGCUAGUGCUAUCGCAUGGUGCUUCCAUAGUUGAACGGUCCCGAGAUAGUGUGGGGCAGCUUGAACUACUAAAGGUCCUCUGGGUCUGCAUGGAUUCAGCUACACUAGAAUCUCGAAGGCGUGAAGCUUUCAAGCAGCUCAAGCCAAUAUGCGUGGACGUAAUGAAUCCCCACUGCUGGACAACUACAACCAGAGAUGCGAACAACCGGCUCGUGGCUCUGCUCGAUAUGCUGCACGUCAUUGGCGCAAGCGAAUGCGGCGCGAGCGUGCUGGGCGGUCUAGUUGAAUACGUCACAUUUCCAAUUCUGCAGCUUUUCAGCUACCCGUCGGCUUCCUUGAGUGCCUUGGAGUGCGGUCUCGAAUGUUUACUGUACCUUUUGGAAAUGUGUCCGGGUGAAGCAGUGCCGCUUCAACUUUAUCGGGAGCUGCUAGUUACUUUACCGUUCAUAAUAUCUCAAGGAACUGUAUCGAAGGCAGUGAGAAACGGGAGAGGAACAUCAGAGGAGGUCAAAGGCCUCGGCGUUCGGUGUCUGCUGGCCCUGGUAAAGAAACCUGCGGUACCCCCGACGGUAGAAAAUGAACAGUGCGAGGAAGUAGACAGGGUAGCCAUAAGGGAUACGACUGAUAAGGAGCUGAGUAGAUCAGAGUAUCAGCCAGCUGUUGCACACGUAGUAGUCGUUCUAUUGGACUUGAUCGAGAAGGAGCGGAAUUUGCGUCUGCAAGUAUCCGCUAUAGACACGUUGUCGCGUGUCGUGCAGCAAUUGCGCGAGCCGGAUAUAGUUGCUCAGUUCUUACCGGGAAUCAGUUCUACAUUGGCCAAAACGAUAACGAAAGACGCAAAGGACAGCCAUCGAAUCAUCGUUGGAUGUCUGAAUUUACUUCUCCAGACUAUUGUAUUAGUCAUGAGUGAUGACGCUUGCGAACACUUACUUCCGAAGCAAAAACCUAGUUGGGCUGAUCUGGUCGAGCUGGCUCAGCGAAUUCCAUCGAUGGAUGAUCGGGCACAGAAUUUGAGGCCGCCAUUGCACGCCCCAGCCACCGUUGCAGAUUCUUCAGAACCGCAACCGAAACCAUAUAUAGUUAGGGAUGCCCAUUGGCACAAAAACACCGUUAUACGUCUCAAUAAGCUCUUUACUCGUAUAUUUACGAUUCGUAGUCAUGAUCAGUGGAAAAUACGUCUGGGGUUCUUGCGGUUUGCAUCCAAUGUGGCACUGCACUGCUCUUGUUCCCUUGGGUUAUCCAUCCCGCUGUUGGUUGAAACGUUGCUGUGCUACGUCAAUGACGAAUACCCCUUGGUGGCGAACGAAUGCCGGGCGCAAAUUGAAGUCGUAGCCGCUAAAAUACGCGACCAAUAUUCCGUAACAUCCAUCCUGAAAGAGACCUUCUUCUCCUACAUGAUGACGCUACCGCGACAAAUGAUGCAGACUGAUGAUGGCAGAAAACUAGAAUCCCUUCAUAUCGCAAACGGUUACUUGAUGCUCUUAAAGGGAGAAAUCAACAAGCCCUUGGGAGCUGUAAUGAAUCAUGUGUCUCUUGGAUUGCUUAAGAUCUUGACAUUUGAUAGCUCUGAAGUCAAGCUGGUAGAGGAUCGGGUAGCAGAGUCGAGCAUUGGCUUUGCCAUCAUGGAUAUGGCGUCUGAAGUUCCGGAGAGGAGUGAACCGUCAACCGGAAAAGAUUUCAAGCGGUUUGCGUACAUGUUUCCGCGAAAGCGAUUUCAGUACUUCCGUAACGAUAAAGUUACUUUGGCUAUCAGCCAAAUGUGCCGCCUACUGGGCUACUAUGGGGAUCUAGAAUCUCUGGUAGACCAUUUCUUGGGACACCUACGUUCCAUAGCGUUCGGGGAUUAUCAGCCACAAGCGAUCUACAUUCUGAAUGAAAUAUGUCUUGGUGCUGCGGGUGUAGGAGUCGAAGCUCUCAGUUAUUCCAAUGGGUCAGAAGACAGAAAAGCCUCUAUGAUGCCAAUUAUAAAAUCCGUAGUUCGCGAAUAUCUUGACUCACCCAUACUGAAACUUCCGACAAAUCUUGCUGAUUUGAAGCUUCUCAAGGACCUUCGAAGAUUGAACCCCGAUUAUCUCGUGAAUGAGCCGGAUAGUGCUCCGAUGAGUGGUACCUUUAACGCCGUCAUCCAGAAAACUAGUCUUAUUCUUGAAGGCGUAGCGGUCAUGGCUGCUGUGGCUGGAGCCGACUUUCGCUUACUGCUUAUGGAUACUCUUUAUGCAAUACUUGAAAACGUUGGAGAUCCGAAUCGAACUGUAAGCGAUUCGGCAAUGGCUACAUUAAUUGCCGUCGCGGAAGCUUGUGAGUAUCACAAAUCCACUCAACCGUCGAGCGAUAGCAUGCAAGGGCCGCGCGAAAUGAUUCUUCAGAAUGUUGACUACAUUGUGAAUAUUGUAUCACGACGCUUGCGCUACAUUGCGCAGAAUCCACGAGCGCCACUCGUGCUAAAGGCGGCAAUCCGGAUCGCAGGUAUUCAUAUCGUUCCUUACAUGGAUGAUUCUGUCGACGAAAUUUUGGAUGCUUUGGAUCAUUGGCACAAUGAAAAUGGGCUAGUCGUGUUCAAUCUAAUUGGAGUUCUUAAGACCUUGAUGGACGUGAUGUGUGAGGAUGCCAGUGUACCCGUGGAGAAAGAGACCUCGAGGGAUGAACGAAGUGAAAGUGUCUGCCUUGCUCCAAUAAUCGAUGAGCGAGCCCCUUUUGAACUCUCUGCCUGUUCGCAAGAAAUGCUUGGAUUUUACCUUGAAUGCAAGCCGUCCGUUGAAGAGCGAAGAACACCGAACCAGCAGAACCGCGGACAGGCAUCGAUUGGCGACAUAGAAAAAUUCUUCACGGACCGCAAAAGUGGUGAAUUUGAAGGAGUAACAUCCCCUGGCAGACCGAUUUCGUCACCGGAUGACCUAGGCCAAAGUGGCGACAAAUUCGACAUGCACGGGACAAGCGAUGAGCGAGCCGACGGAGUAGGACCUCCGUCUCAUGUGCAGUCAUUGGCUCUGAAAAUCGUCAACAAGUUAUACCAUUACCACUCCAGUGCCAACCCGAGACUUCGGGUCCAAUCCCUACGCAUUUUUCAUAGUUCUCUCGCUAUCCUCCGCCUACGCUCGAACGAUCUCAACCCAACCAUUCACAAGUUCUGGCCGAUCAUUACCCGUCGCUUGGGAGAUGAGGAACAUUACGUCGUAUUUGAAGCAUUAAUUGCUGUGGCAACCAUGUGUCGUCUGUCGCCCGAUUUUGUUGUCAAACGGGUGGCGGACGAUCUGAUCCCCCGGUUUGAAGUCCUUGCAAAAAGUUUGCAGAGGGCUGUUGAGCGGACAUAUGCGGGAGAGAAGGAAGGGUCGCAUCGAGCACAUCGCGAUGUACAUCAUCGGGUGGUAACAUCACAACAGAUGAAAGUCUACGUCGCGUCCCUUACCACUAUGGCCGAGCUACUUCUUAGAGUCCAGAUGUCAAACAAUAGUAUCUUUAGGAUAGUAACUAGUGUAGUACCCUUCUUGAAUUCACGAUGGUAUACGCAGGAAGUUACAGAGGGCGCUGUGGGUGUGCUGAAGGCGGCCGCCAACUGCCGUCACGGACAGGAUAUCGUGUGGUUGUCAUUAUGGGCAGUCAUGGGAGGACAGGGAGUGCAAUUGUCAACAGAGGGGACUAGGGCAACAACCCUGCGGGAAGGAAAGAUUCCUAAGUGGAUGGCUGAACACUGGAGAGGACGAGGGAAGCCCGAAGACUUUAUCCCUGCUGGUAUGGAAGUUUUGAAUAGUUUUGAUGGUAAAGCAACCUGUGAAUUGGUUGCAAAUGCAUUCCCUAUGUUGGAUGGGACAUCGGUCGGUGGAUUGGGUGUGGCAGUUUCGUGCUAGGAAUACCAUGUGCAUAGGUUGGUAGUUGGGCAUGCCAUCCAUGAUAUAGGUGCAGCACUAUCCAGGAAGCCAAGAUAUAAACAAAAUCAAUAUUAUGAGAUCACGGCAUUAUUUGCACCAGUUUUUCCCAAUCACCCCCUGCUUCAAGCCUCCAGUUUCCGUCUGCGUCCCCAUCGAACAAUGCAGUACUCCCUAUUCUCG